UUUUUGAAAUUCGAAAAUUAAUUAUAAUUAACAAAGGUUGGUGGAGCCACUGUCGCUGUUUAUUGUUGUUUCCUAAUUCGAUUUUGUUGAAACACAUUGAAUUUUUUUUUUAAUUUUGUUUUGUAAAUUCGAAAUCAUUUUUUUUUUGACGAUAAAAAACAAUGGUUUAUCUAGUAUUAUUACAAAAAGAUUUACGUCAAUUUGAUAAUCCAGCAUUAUAUCAUGCAGUACGUCGACAAAAACAAGUAAUUGUUGUUUAUGUGAUGGAAAAACGUUUAGGUUUAACAUCAAAAUGGUGGCUUUGUAGAAGUUUACAAACAUUUUUUGAAGAGCUUGAUCCAUUUUGGAUACCAGUACUUUAUCUAGAUAAUUCGGAUAAAAUUUCCGAAUUAUUUGAAUAUCUAAGUAAAUAUAUUGAAAUCGAACGAAUACAUUCGAAUGGAUUGGAUUUCGAAUUACCGGAUGAUUAUGAUGAAAUCCAUGAUUCAUUUCAACCUAAUUUGAUAUUCAAACCCGAAGAUAUGAUUAAAGAAUAUAAAAUAUUUACACCAUUUUGGAAAUCUAUUCAUGCUAAUUGUUCACCAGUAAAACCAUUACCGAUUCCCGAAUAUAGCCGAAAAAAUUAUGUUGAUCUUGAAUUCGAUGAAUACAUUGAUUUACCGAAAAUGGACGAUUCGGAUCGAUGGAAUCAAAUGGAUCAAUAUUGGAAAAUUGGUGAAAAAGCCGCUCAAGAACGAUUUGAAUCAUUUGUAAAAACAAAAUUAUCGGAUUAUGAUCAUGGAAGAGAUUUUUUCUGUGAAGAUGGUACAUCCAAAUUAUCACCACAUUUACGUUUUGGUGAGAUUAGUGUUCGACAAAUCUAUGAACGAUUGAAUACAAAAUCAACUGAACGUUUUUGUUCGGAACUUGGAUGGCGUGAAUUUGCAUAUCAUGUUAAUCGAUAUCAUCCGGAUAUGACAAAAAUACCACUUAAUCCAAAAUAUCGUGAUUUUUGGCCCGAAUUCAGUGAUGAUCAUUUGGAAGCAUGGAAAACUGGAAAUACUGGAUUUCCUGUUAUUGAUGCUGCUAUGCGUGAUAUAUCGACUACUGGAUGGAUGCAUAAUCGUCUUCGUAUGUUGGUUGCAUCAUUUUUAGUUAAAAAUCUUUUAAUACCAUGGCAAAUUGGUGAAGAAUGGUUUUAUGAACAUCUUGUUGAUGCUGAUCCUGCUAUUAAUCCAUUCAGUUGGCAAUGGGUUGCCGGAUGUGGAACUGAUAGUGUACCAUAUUUUCGUAUAUUUAAUCCAAUGUUACAAGGUGAAAAAUUUGAUUCAAAAGGUAUUUAUGUACGUAAAUGGUUACCAGAAUUUGCCGAUUUUCCAUUGAAACAAAAUAUUCAUCAAUAUAUAAUUAAACAACCACAACUUUGUCCAAAAAAUUAUCCUAAACCAAUAAUUGAUUUUAAAUCAAGUCGUGAACGUACAUUAUCAACAUUCAAAAAUAUUGUUGCACCAAAAGUAAUUCAAUUAAAAAAACCACGUCUAGUAUAG